CGCUGUUAUUAUUUAUUUCUUUUGUUUCAUGUGGAUAUAACAAUAACAACGGCGUCCAAUUCGCGACCUGUGAAUAUCAGCGUGAGCGGAUGACAGCGCCGUGCUCCUGCUACCGCACCGACACAUCGGGAAAACCAUCUGGGGGAGGAUGAAGCGGCGCAAUGCGGACUGCAGCAAACUCAGACGGCCGUUAAAACGGAACCGAAUCACCGAGGGUAUAUAUAGCAGUACUUUCCUGUAUCUGAAGUUCCUGGUUGUCUGGGUGUUAGUUCUGCUGGCCGACUUUGUCUUGGAGUUCAGGUUUGAGUACCUGUGGCCCUUCUGGCUUUUCCUCCGCAGCGUCUACGAUUCCUACAGGUAUCAGGGACUGGCGUUCUCAUUCUUCUUCGUGUUCGUGGCACUCACGUCAGACAUCAUCUGCCUCCUCUUCAUCCCCGUCCAGUGGCUGUUCUUCGCUGCCAGCACCUACGUGUGGGUCCAGUAUGUGUGGCACACAGAGAGAGGAGUGUGUCUCCCCACUGUGUCGCUGUGGAUCCUGUUUGUGUACAUCGAAGCCGCCAUCCGGUUUAAAGACCUGAAGAACUUUCAUGUUGACUUGUGUCGGCCUUUUGCUGCUCACUGUAUUGGUUACCCAGUGGUGACUCUUGGCUUUGGCUUCAAGAGCUACGUGAGCUACAAGAUGCGGCUAAGGAAGCAGAAAGACGUGCAAAAGGAGAACGAGUUCUACAUGGAGCUGCUGCAACAGGCUCUGCCCCCGGAGCAACAGAUGCUGCAGCGGCAAGAAAGGGAGGCAGAGGAGGCUUCAGUGAAAGGGAUUUCCGAAACGGAACCCUCCAACGGGUCUCAAAACGGGGGACCCCCGAGUAAGAAAACCACCCCAGUUCCGUUACCAGAACUGGAGUACCGGGAAAAAGGGAAGGACAGUGUGGCAAAAGAGCGUGAAAGCAAAAAACAAAACACGGUUGGAAUCAAUAACAACAACAUUAUACACUCACUGGACUCCAAAAUACAGGAGACGGAAUAUAUUGAGAACUGCAUCAGGGCAAAGAAACUGAGCAACGACGUGGUGGGAGAGAACUCGCACGGCGACGCCGUCGUCCUUGCCGCUUCCAAAGAGGAGGCGGCGGGAAGCGGCAAGAACUACAAAAAUGCCUCCGGAGGCGGAGUCUGCAACUCAUCGCCGCGGAAUCACAGUUUUAGCAACGGCAGCGUUCCCACGGGGUCGACGUCCAGCAAGAAUGACAAAAAGCAGAAGGGCGCCGGGAAAAGUCCGAAGGAUCCGCUGGAAAACUGCAUCCCCAACAACCAGUUGGGAAAGAUGGAUGCUUUAGUACGGAUGGAGCAGGACAUAAAACGCCUCAAGACAGACCUGCAGGCCAACAGACAGGUGGAGUCGGAUUUGCGGAGUCAGCUGUCUUCCCUGAGCAGCCAAGACCGCAGCCUUCGCUCCGAACUGGGUCAGCUCCAGCAGGACAACGAGCUUCUCCAGAACAAGCUUCACAGUUCCGUGCAGGCCAAGCAGAAAGAUAAGCAAACCAUCACCCAGCUGGAGAAGAGGUUAAAAGCCGAGCAGGACGCCCGCGCCCUGGCCGAAAAACAGCUGGCCGACGAGAGGAAGAGGAAGAAGAUGGAGGAGGCCACGGCGGCCAGAGCCGUGGCCUUGGCCGCGGCCACCAGAGUGGAGUCAACAGAUUCGCUGCGUGGUCGUAUCAGAGAGCUGGAGACGGAGUGCAAGAAGCUCAGCGUGGACGUGAAAGUGAAAGAGGAGCAAAUUAGAGAUUUGGAAGGCAAAUGCCAGGAAUUGCGGAAGUACAAAGAGAACGAGAAGGACACGGAGGUGCUGAUGUCGGCGCUGGCAGCCAUGCAGGAGAAGACGCAGCACCUGGAGAACAGCCUGAGUGCCGAGACCAGGAUCAAGCUGGAUCUGUUCUCCGCGCUGGGCGACGCCAAGCGGCAGCUGGAGAUCGCGCAAGGUCAGAUCCACCAGAGGGAGCAAGAGAUUGCAGAGCUCAAGCAGAAGAUCGCCGAGGUGAUGGCGGUGAUGCCGAGCCUCUCGUACUCGCCGGACAGCAGCAACCUGAGCCCCGUGACGCCGCACUACUCCUCCAAGUUCAUGGACAAUAGUCCGUCGUCCCUGGACCCCAACGCCUCGGUCUACCAGCCCCUCAAAAAAUGACUAGACUGAAUUGUCUUUUUUUUUUGUUUUGUUUGUUUUUUUUUUUUUAAAGGAAAAGCUCUCUGUUAAGGGUCAUUAUGAGUUUACAAGCAUCUGACAGAUUUUGCACAGAGGGACGCAACUCCAAACAUAUCUGCAUUGUUUUCUUUUUUUGAGAGGGUUUGUGAUGUUCAGCGUUGAAAUAAACGAGGGGAAAGAGGAAUAAUUUGUUGGACAAAUGAAGAAAAAGCCAUUGUCGUUGCUUUGUGAUUUAUUUUUUUUCCCCCUCUUGAGUCAACAGUUCUCAUCUUUAUCUUAAAGGCACUUAAAAACAUCAAUUUAAGAGAAACAUGAAUGUAAAACUAUUCAUGCUUUGUGAUUAUGAGGUGAUGGUUUUCUUUUAACUCCUUUAAAAAAAAAAUCAAAAUUCCAUUUACUUGCUUGAUUGAUAAUCUAAAUGCCUCCAAGAUUAAUCAAGGCACUGCCAAAACAUAUCACCUUUUUUUUUUGUGCUGCAAAUAACAUUUUCUCUCCACAUAGACUAAAUUACAAGCCGUUAUGGCAUAAUCACUGAAUUUGACGAUGUCCGGUUUUAUAUCAUUUUUGCAUAUUUUACAGUGCCUUUCGAUUGUGCAAUUUCUUGAAAAGCUGCAGCCGAGCUGCAGCCGGGCUGCGCGUGGCAAUUUUUUUUUUUUCAUAUCUAAAGGCAAAUAACAAUGAAACGUCACCAGCUCAAAGGAGAACUCGUUUUUUUCAAUUUACAUACAAAUACGACAGACGGAGUUUUGUGGAAAGGGAAACUACUUUUUUUAAAUUAUUAUUUUGGUAGUGACACAGUCUUGGUGCACCAAACAAACCAAAACUGAUUGUGUUCAAUUUGUUUACAACGAUGUACACUAACUUACAAAGGAAUGUUGCUUUGUUUAUUUAAGUGCCAAGUGUUACUGUGUGUUACCCACUCUUCAAUUGAUGUAACUAGAAUUUUUUUUUAUUUUUAAAAGGUGCUGUUUUAUUAUUUGUGUCACUAGAGCGUAUGUAGAUGGUUGAAGGUGAUGAAGCAACAAGUUGUCACUUUGAUUUUCUUUUCUUUGGGGGGGGGUGGAUUUAAUUAUGAGGCAGUAUUUUUGCAUAUCUCAGCGAGUUCGGUUGACUUUGCUGUACUUUCCAAGCGGGCGGGAAUUCUGUGAAUGUGAACCAUUUUUGAUCAUGUUUGUGCUUUCAUGUGACCUACCUGAAACGAAAUCGUUUGUGGAUCGGUCUGACUUUGUAAAAUGCAGUUGACAUUGUGAGAAAAGAAAAAAAAAGGGACAA